CAUUGCUUUCUGCUCUCUGCUUCUCCCCUUCACAACUCCCACCCUCCUCUUCAACUCACUCUUACUCCAGCCUCAGCAGGGCCAGACCACUGACUCUCUCCUCUGUGUGAACCUGACAGAAAAACAGUGUGUAUGUGUGUGCGCAUGUCUCUACUGGGAACACUUCUUUUUAAACUUACAGCACUCUUUUGGGAGCGGUGGGCAGGCUUUUUCAGAGUGUGAGAGAGGAGACCCCCGUGGUGCUGUGAUUUGACUAAACAAACAGCCGGACUCAGAGCGGUACCUCCUCCAGCGGGCUCCCGGGACAGCAGAGAUUAACCUCAGACUCUGAACAUCUGAGGGAUCUAUACAUCUGAGGCAGCAGCCCCUGUAGAGACAACCAGCUGGAAAUCCCUCCUCUGAUUUCAGAAGGAGGAGACCGACUGCUGUCCGGCAAAACCUCUUUGGAGAGAGAGGAAAGACUUGUCAAUGCUUCGAGGAUCACUCUGAAGAACAAAGUGCAUUGAAGGUUUCCACCAUGAGGAGGCUCCAUCUGACAGUCACAGUCACAGCCCUCCUGUAUUUCUGCACCGAGUUGUGCUGUCUGAAGAUCACACCUGAUGACAAAGAGCUCGUCCUGGCCAAGGGCUCUUCUCUCAGCCUCACCUGCUCCGGCUCAGAGGGCGCAAAAUGGGAGUUCAAGAGAGACGAUGUGCCGUACUUCCAAGUGGAAUCAGUUCAAAACGGUGCUGAAAGCUACCAAGUCGCCCACAGCAGCAGCACAGACACUGUUUUGACCUUGUUGAACGUGAGCUGGAAGCAUACGGGGGUGUACCAAUGCUUUGAUGAACUCACUGAAGAAAUUAAGGAGGUGGCUGUUUUUGUCCCAGACCCCAAUGUGUGGUUCAUAGAGAGGUCCCAUGGCAUGGUAACAAAGACCAGUGAGGAGACCACCAUCCCCUGUGUGGUGACCAAUCCCAACAUCAAUGUCACCCUGUAUGAGAGGGAUACUGAUUUGCCCAUCAGGGGGCUUUAUGUUCCUAGUGAGGGUUACAAGGCACCCCUGGAGGACAGGACCUACGUGUGUCGCGGAGAGCUGAACGGCGAGGUGAAAGAGUCCCAGGCCUUCUACGUCUUCAGUAUUGUCGUCCCAGAGGCCAUCGACGCCUACAUCAAUGCGUCAAAGACCGUCCUGAAGCAGGGUGAACCGCUGACAGUAAACUGCACAGUGCACGGAGUGGAACUAGUGUUUUUUUCCUGGGAUCUCCCCAAUGCAGCGGCGGAUGUCAGUCCGCUGACGGAUGUCCUGUCUGCCAUGAACAUGCGAUCCUGUCUGAUCUUCCCCAGUGCCACGGUGGCCCACAGUGGAAAAUACAUCUGCCAUGUCCUAGAGAGUGUCCAAGACCAGACUGCGUCUGCCAGUGUCAACAUCACUGUGCUCGAGCGUGGCUUUGUGGAUGUGAAACCUGCACAGAAACAAAACAUUUCAGCCAAGCUGCAAGAAAAUGUGGAGCUGAGAAUGGAGAUUGAAGCCUACCCUCCCCCUCGGGUGUACUGGAGCAAAGAUGGCGCCACCGUAAAGGGAGACAAAAUCAUCACAACCAGACAAGAGCAUGAGAUCAAGUAUGUCUCUAUUCUCACCUUGGUGAGGGUGAGGACGGAGCAGAAGGGCCUCUACACCGUUCAUGUCACAAAUGGAGACGACACAAAGGAAGUGACCUUUGACCUGGAGGUCCGAGUUCCCUCUCAGAUUAAAGACCUGACAGACCACCACCUCCCGGGGAAGAGACACUUGGUGACCUGCGUGGCUGAGGGGGUCCCAACACCGACCAUACAGUGGUACAGCUGUGACAGCAUGCUCAAGUGCAACAACCAGACAGCGAUGUGGCAGUCUCUGAUACCAGAGCCAGAGGUGCUGAGCAUCAAAACUAAUGUGAGCUUCAGUGAGACUCGAAAAACCAGCCAGGUACGGAGCCAGGUGACCUUCCACAAGCCCCAGCAGGUCACAGUUCGCUGUGAGACAAGCAACCAAGCAGGACUCAUCGACAGGAGAGACGUCAAACUGGUGUCCAGCACUCUGUUCUCCCAGGUGGCAGUAUUGGCUGCUGUUCUGGCCUUAGUUGCCAUCAUCAUUAUGUCCAUCAUAAUCCUCAUUGCUGUAUGGAGGAAGAAACCUCGUUAUGAGAUCAGAUGGAAGGUGAUAGAGUCUGUGAGCCAGGACGGCCAUGAAUACAUCUAUGUCGACCCCAUCCACCUGCCCUAUGACCUGGCCUGGGAGAUGCCACGAGACAACCUGGUGCUGGGUCGCACUCUUGGAUCAGGAGCCUUUGGCAGGGUGGUCGAGGCAACUGCGUACGGUCUCACUCAUUCCCAGUCUAGCACAAAAGUGGCCGUGAAAAUGUUGAAAUCCACAGCCAGGAGGAGUGAGACUCAGGCUCUGAUGUCAGAGUUGAAGAUCAUGAGUCACCUGGGUCCUCACCUCAACAUCGUCAACUUGCUUGGAGCUUGCACCAAACAUGGCCCUCUAUACCUGGUGACUGAGUACUGUCGCUAUGGCGACCUGGUGGACUACCUGCACAGGAACAAGCACAGCCUCCUGCAGUACUACGCUGAGAAGAACCAAGACGACGGCUGCCUCAUCUCUGGAGGAAGCACUCCGCUCAGCCAGAGGAAAGGCUACGUGUCUUUUGGAAGUGAGAGUGACGGAGGAUACAUGGACAUGAGUAAAGAUGAGCCGUCGAUCUACGUGCCCAUGCAGGAGCAGAUGGACAGCAUCAAGUACGCAGACAUCCAGCCCUCUCCGUACGAAUCUCCCUACCAGCAGGACAUCUAUCAGGAACAAGGUGGAGGCAGAUUGGACCUGGUCAUCGGUGACUCUCCUAUUCUUACCUAUGACGAUCUUUUGGGCUUCAGCUACCAAGUGGCGAAGGGAAUGGAGUUCCUUGCCUCCAAGAAUUGUGUCCAUCGUGACCUCGCUGCCAGAAAUGUGUUGAUCUGUGAGGGUAAACUGGUGAAGAUCUGUGACUUUGGCUUGGCCAGAGACAUCAUGCAUGACUCCAACUACAUCUCCAAAGGCAGCACUUUCCUGCCCUUGAAGUGGAUGGCACCAGAAAGCAUUUUCCAUAAUUUGUACACCACCCUGAGCGAUGUGUGGUCAUACGGCAUUCUUCUUUGGGAGAUUUUCACACUGGGAGGAACCCCCUAUCCUGAUUUGCCUAUGAAUGAGUUGUUCUACAGCGCUUUGAAGAGAGGCUACCGAAUGGCCAAACCCACCCACGCCUCUGAUGAAGUUUAUGAGAUCAUGAAGAAGUGCUGGGACGAGAAGUUUGAGAAAAGGCCUGAGUUCUCCUUUCUGGUCCACAGUGUUGGAAAUAUGUUGGCAGACAGCUAUAAAAAGAGAUACAACCAAGUCAAUGACAACUUCCUGAAGAGUGACCACCCAGCAGUCGCCCGCACCAAACCCCGUCUUUCCUCGCCCUUUCCAAUCGCCAACCCAGCAUUCGGCUCCCCAUCUUCUGGCACCCUCUCCUUCCCCCAGGACCCCUACAACCAGAGCCCAAACCCUGGAGAAUUCAGACAAGAGGCAGAUGCACAGGAAGUCAUACCUUCAUACAACGAAUACAUCAUUCCCAUCCCAGACCCCAAGCCGGAGGAGGUUUUCACUGACGUGCCAUCAGAACGCCCUGCAAGCUCUCUGGCUCUUGAAGAGGAGACCGACUCCAUGUCGCAGGACACGGCUGACACUCUUCCAGAGGAGGACAGGCUGGAGGAGACCAGUGAGAGAGACGCUCUGCUGGGCUCUUCGGGGACGCCCGAGGUAGAAGACAGCUUCCUGUAGCCUGAAACCCUGACAAAAACGAGCUCUUUUCUGGGAAUUCUUUUCUUCAAACAUGCCUGAAAAAAAAUAUACAUGACUAAAGUAGAAUGUAGCAAAAUUGAGACUGAGAAGGCAAUCUUUGUAUUUCCACUAAGCACUCAAAAGGUUAUGCCCUUCCCUUCUUUGAGAUUUUGUAUUACACUUAGUACCUCUGAAACUACAAAAUGGUCAGAAAUGAGCAAGAUGUUAUCAUCCAUUUAUUGGAAGCUUGCUACAAUAUAAAUACGGUACUCACAUGACCUUCCUAUAGCAUCAGCUUAAAGUAAGUAAAAAUGUGUUUACUGUAUUUUUCAUUGUAGCCAGAGACUUAUAAGGCCUUAUGAGAUGUGAGCUUUUUUAAUUACAUUUAGCUAUAUUUUUUUACCACAUUAUCCCUUUAUGGUUCACAAAAAGUGUCAAUUUUUAGAAAAGCGGCUCAUUUUCUUAGUUUUACAAACACGAAAUGAUUUGCACAACAAUAAAAACAAACACAUUUAUACACAUGAAAUCAAAAUACCGUCCAAACAUGAACACAUUAGUUGGAAUCAUUGGCAUUAAAUUGAAUUGAAUUUUUUUUUUUUUUUACCUUAAGUACGACCAACAACUGUUUUCACUGUAUUGUUUUGUAAAAGGACCCGAAAUGCAGACAGAUUCUACGUGCACUGUUUUAUUACGAUAAAUACUUUCUUUUUAGCUCCAUGUGCCAUUUGGAGGCUACCUGUUUCCUUCUUUUCUUUCUUUUUUUUUGUGAGAACUAUAUGAAAUGUAUUUGUGCGUCAUUUGUGAAUUUUUGACUUGUCUUAUGUAGGUUUAUUUCAUAGUUUUGUGCCAGAUUUGCACUUUAUUUAGAAAAAUGUGGAUAUUCAUAAUGAAGAAAAAAAAAAUACAAUAAACGUAGAAUAAAACUGAGAAUCAACUUUUCACUUAAAUAUGUGGCUGUUAUAAUAAAUCAGUUUCUGUGAUGACAGGUGACUCUCACAAGUGAAAAUAUUAAACACAGCAUAUCACUGCCAUAGCACAAGAUGGCACUUGAGUGCCUUUGUAUAUAGACAUAUAGACAGAUUUUUGUCUCGCAGCUGUUGUUGCUUGCUGAUAUGAAGGGCUACUGUACUCAAGAAACCUAGCUAGCCAUACGUGUACAUGUAAAAAUGAUGAUGCUUUUAAGUCUUCUGUUGUACUACAUAACAUUCACUUACACGAUGUUUCAACUUUCAAUACUUAUUCCACCAUUUAAAACAACACAUUGUAAUUUUCUGUAGCAAUUAAAAUGCACAAGAUCACUGUAUCACAAGCUAUGGUACCAAAGCAGUUCUUAACGUUUACAAAUGUAUUUUUUAUAUGUGCCAUUUUAUAUGUUGUAAAUGUGACAAUAAAUGUGUAUUAUCAUAGUAGUA